AUGGACAGUUACUUGAUUCUCAAUUUGAUUCCAAAGGCGCUAAAGGAUCCGCGACUGAGACUGGCUGCGCACUUUGGGGUACUGGCGCAUACUGUCAGCCAUCUGUUAACGAAAACCAGUUAUUCACCAAAAAUAUCAACGUCGUCAGCAAUUUGUUUGCAACCUGCAACAACUACUGCUGCUGGGUUUUCAUUUCUUAGAAAGAGCGAUGUAGGUCAAUGUCUCUGUAUGAGAGACAAAACUGGCACAAUUGCUUACCAUUGGCUUUACACGUAUCACAUCGCCGGCGGUGCUCCAAAGGUCUAUGGGAACAACCUCCUCCAUGUCUUCAACUACUACUCGUACGAAAAUUUUCACUAUGUUGUCGAGUUCGGAGAGAACGGUCAAGUUCUUAUUCCUGUGGCCUCUGGUGCUCGUUACGUCCUGAAAGACAUGUUCCUAGCGUUGGAGUACCUACAUGAUGAAUCGGAUUCAUGGGACAUCCUCUGGCCAAGGCAAUAG